AUAGGGGUUUUGUUUUGUCUGUGUGCAGCUAAACAUCAGUUUCGGUUAUAUACAGACGAGCUUAAUUGACUGUUAAUGCUUAAAAUGUAUUUGUAUUACAUGGGAUUGUUGGCUGACACAAGUUAACAUUAUAUAGCCUAGCCGUUCUUAAAUUAUCAACCAGACAUCCGCAGAGCACCAACUUCCUCCAAGGGAAAACACCUCAAGCUAAUAGCACCUCACGUGACCCAGGCAGGAUUGUGGGCGGAGUCUGGGAGCGAAACAGGAACAGUUUAGACUCCCCCUGGACGAGAGAAGGCGAAAGCAAAAUUUGACUGGGCAUAGGCGGUCGAUUCACUGUAGGCAUGGGAUACAAAACAAGAAAUGUCGCAGCUACCAUGGUUGCGAAGACUAUGCCUCUGUCCGUCCUUGUGAGCCUUUUGGUUUGUCUCUGUGUUACUAGUCAUGCUGAGGAUAGUGGCAUGGAUAACAUUGUCACUGAGAAGAAGGCUGAGGAAAGCCAUCGCCAGGACAGUGCCGACCUGCUUAUAUUCAUAAUGCUUCUCACCCUCACCAUUCUGACUAUAUGGCUCUUUAAACAUCGCCGAUUUCGGUUUUUACACGAAACUGGAUUAGCUAUGAUUUACGGUCUGUUAGUGGGUGUGGUACUUCGCUAUGGGAUCCAUGUGCCAAGGGACAUCAAUAAUGUGACCCUGAGCUGCCACGUAAAUGCCAGCCCAGCCACACUUCUGGUCAAUGUCAGUGGAAAGUUCUACGAGUAUACGCUCAAGGGCGAAAUCAACCCCAAUGAGGCCAAUGAGGUGCAGGACAAUGAAAUGCUCAGGAAGGUGACCUUUGAUCCUGAAGUUUUCUUUAACAUUUUGCUUCCACCAAUCAUCUUUCAUGCAGGCUACAGCUUAAAGCGGAGACACUUCUUUAGAAACAUGGGGUCCAUCCUUGCCUAUGCCUUUGUGGGGACAGUCAUAUCAUGCUUUGUCAUUGGGCUGGUGAUGUACGGCUGUGUGAUGCUGAUGAAGCAGGUGGGCCAGCUGGGUGGAGACUUCUUCUUUACCGACUGCCUGCUCUUCGGAGCCAUCGUCUCGGCCACUGACCCUGUAACGGUCCUGGCCAUAUUUAACGAGCUGAGGGUGGAUGUGGACCUCUACGCUUUGCUCUUUGGAGAGAGUGUGCUGAAUGAUGCUGUCGCCAUCAUCCUGUCCUCGUCUAUCGUAGCGUACCAGCCCACGGGGGACAACAGUCACACGUUCGAGGGCACCGCCAUGCUCAAGUCUUUCGGCGUGUUCUUGGGUGUGUUCAGCGGCUCCUUCGCCCUCGGUGUGGCGACUGGACUCAUGACCGCCUUGGUCACCAAAUUCACCAGGUUGCGAGACUUCCCUCUGCUGGAGACGGCGCUCUUCUUCCUCAUGUCCUGGAGCACCUUCCUGCUGGCCGAAGCCUGUGGGUUCACAGGCGUGGUUGCUGUGCUCUUCUGUGGGAUCACCCAGGCUCACUACACCUUCAACAACCUGUCUCCGGAGUCCCAGGAUCGGACAAAACAGUUGUUUGAGGUCCUGAAUUUCCUGGCAGAGAAUUUCAUCUUCUCCUACAUGGGCCUGACCCUCUUCUCCUUCCAGUCCCACGUCUUCAACCCCAUGUUUAUAAUCGGAGCAUUUCUGGCCGUGUUCCUGGGCAGAGCGGCGAACAUCUACCCCCUGUCCCUCCUGCUCAACCUGGGCCGCCGCCACAAGAUCGGCUCCAACUUCCAGCACGUGAUGAUGUUUGCAGGGCUCCGUGGUGCCAUGACCUUUGCCCUGUCGAUCCGGGACACAGCCACGUACGCCCGGAAGAUGAUGUUCUCCACCACGCUGCUCAUCGUCUUCUUCACCGUGUGGAUCUGCGGGGGAGGCACCACCCAGAUGCUGUCCUGCAUGCGCAUCCGUGUGGGAGUGGAUUCGGAUCAAGACAGUUCGAUGACAGCUCUGGAUGGGACAGAGAGGCGGAGCAACAAGCAUGAAAGUGCCUGGCCGUUCAGGCUGUGGUACAACUUUGACCACAACUACCUGAAGCCCAUUCUGACGCACAGCGGGCCCCCCCUCACUGUCACCCUCCCGUCCUGCUGUGGCCCCCUGGCCCGCUGUCUCACCAGCCCCCAGGCCUAUGAGAACGAAGUCCAGCUGCAGGACGACGACUCGGACCUGAUCCUGAACGACGGCGACAUCAGCCUGACGUACGGCGACGUGACCGUGAGCACCGACGCCUCGGGUGCCCUGGGCAACAGCAGGCCGCGCGCGGGCUCCUCCGCCAUGACCUCGGACGAGGCGCUGGACCGCGAGCUGGCCUUCGGCGAGCACGAGCCCGUCAUCCGCGGCACCCGGCUGGUCCUGCCCAUGGACGACUCCGAGCCCCCCCUCCCCCUCCCCCUGCCCCUGCCCCUGCCCCCGCCCCCCUCCAGCCUGUCCCUGCGCCGCCACCGGGAGUGAGCGCUCGCGGCCGCACGAGCAAAGCGAGGGACUCGCGUCUGUUUUUUUGUUUUUUUCUUCGUUUGUUUUUUCUGUUAAAUUAUCGUUUAUCCCGUCUCGGUCAAUCUCCCACGUUCUCUCUUUUCUAACGGCUUUUAGAAGCAGUUUCGUUGUUUCCCCCCCUCCCCCCCCCCUCCUUUCUACCUCACAGGUCCCUCCCUCUCUGUGUGAUAGUUCUUUAUUUGUUAUUUUUUCUGGCGUAAAUAUCGUCCGACCACUCAGCUGUAGUGCCGUCGGCGUGGCGAUAUUCUAAGCGUAACGUGGGCAUAUCGUCAGAGGUGCAGUAUCUAUGAACAUGCAUGCAUGUCUCAAGCAACAAAAAAGCAAGAAUUGUAAUUGAUAGUUUUAUUAUUAGUAUAGCAAGGUGUAAAAUAACUGCUUUUUGGUUCUAAACAUGGUAUGCAUGGUUAAUUGGCCUUUGUUGUAUGCAAGAUAUAAAUUGAGCAGGAUUUAGUCUUAGCCUUCCCUACCCUUUUCUUUUUUUGUUUUUUUCUCUCCUCUGGAUGUUGUUACUAAGCUGUCAGUUUGCCUUUUGUGUGAGACGGAGUCGACGGAAGCCUGGUGUUCUGGCGGCUCUGUGUGGGUGUGCGGUCAUGACCAAGUGCCUGAUUAACUGUUUCUGCGUGUGAAAUAGCUCCUCCCCUUUUUCGGUCCCAGGCAGUAACCGUAUGCGCUCGCGUUAAAGCCCCUGUGUGGUCGAUCUGGUCGUUUCCCCACAUUCUGCCUUAAUAAGGUCGGGAGUUACUCUGAAAGGGGGACGGUGCAGGAAUUUGUAUUUGUAUUUAUUUAUUUAUUUUGGAUUUUCCUCCAUUUUCUCAAAGGUUGGUGCAUAUUGGUAAAGCAAUUUGGUUUGAAUUUGAGGAUUACAAACUCCAUUUUGGCCCACCCAAGGGGCAUCACUUGCAAUGUAAUGGCACUGAAAAAAUGGUGUGGAAAAAAACAUGAUUCAUCUUAGACAUGAGCAGAAGCAGAAGAUUUGUCUGACCUGGACAUGCCUGUUAUUAGAGUGUUUUAUGUGGAUCGUAGAGGGCAGUCGUGUGUAGUAACUGUGUCUUAGGGCUCUUAGACUUGCCGUGAACAUGUUUGUCAGCAUCGAUUUGGUCAAUAUCAAUGGCAAACCACGAUCUCUCUCCUCACAAUCCUCCUCAUAGGUCAUAUAUCAAAUGGAGUUUUAAUAGCUGGGGGAUUGGAAGGAGACUACCUUUAUUAAAUAGAAAAUAAGAUCACUGCACAGGGUCUUUAAGAAUUUACGGGGGAAUCAUAGAUAAAAUGUAAUGUUAUAGCAUGACUUGACACGUCUGGGAUCUAGCAUUGACCUUUGACUGUGACAUUAUGUCAUUUUCACACUUUGUUACGUAACCUGAUGUUCCGCACUGCUGAAAAGGUUCUGGUAUCCACUCCUGAAAAGGUUCUGGUAUCCACUGCUGAAAAGGUUCUGGUAUCCACUGCUGAAAAGUGCUCUGGUAUCCACGCAAGAUCAAAAACAAAUAACUUUUAGUUGCUUCGUUUUUUAAUUUUGAUGCACUUUAUCUUUCAGAGCCUCUACAUCUUUUUAAAACGCUCCACAUUUAAUCUGCUGCACUGGUUUAAAAUGAUUUUAUGGUUUAUGGACUUUGUUACGUAUUUGACUCUGCCUGGGGUUUUGGGAAGUGAAAAAAAACUAUUUAAGGAAAACGGGUUGGAAUGAAGAAUUUUAAAAAAAGAGCAACAUGCCGUUUGGAGUGAGGCAACCGUUCCGAGGCUAUUUUUAGUGUCUAAUGGGCUCGAGAAAACAAAGGCUCAAGCCAAACACAAGUUAUUACUUUAAAUGGGCAACGUUCUGCCUAAUCGAUGCAGUUAAUUCCAGUCACGACCGGUUGCAUGUGAAACCUCUGGGCUUCACGAGCAGCUGCGUGGCGGAACUGGACUUCCCUCCCGUUCGGGUGCUUUUGAUCUCGCUCCGUUUGUUCUCCUUUACCUUAACCAUUCGGCACGAGCCGUGUUGCAUUUUUUAAAAGUUUAUUUGUUUUUUUUGUUUUUUUGCAUCAGCGCACAAGCAGUAUCUGAACUGUGCUUCCGAUCUUGAAUUUGAAACCUUUUGCUUGAAGGAUUCUGGACCGUCGUUACCUUUUGCUUGAAUGAUUCCGGAAUGAUUCGAAGGCCCGGGUCGGACGGCGGUCCUGUGCGGCAGCUCAGCGAGCGAUUCUUUCGCGGCGUUACUGAUGUCGUUUCGAUGACGAUUCGUGUUUUGUGUUUGUUAAUGUAAAUCUUUUCUCCGGGUUCUUUUUCUGCCGUCGGGGCCGGCGUGUUCAGUGUCCUUGCCUGCGCUGUCACACGGCCUCUUCUUUACACACUGCGCGCCUGUCCGUUUGAUUUACGUCGGAAGAAGGACAGUGAGGGGAAGUGGUGGAUAAGGCAUUAGAAACAGGAUCGGGGAAAGAAAGAGGAAUGUGAAGAGAGGGAGGGGCAGGACAGAUGUUAGACCCUCUCUCUGAAGUGGGUUCAGUACAGAAAGAGACAUAAAAUUGUUGCAAACUGAAAGGAAGAGGAGUUGGGAAGAGGCUUGUUGCCCUUCACAUUGGCCUCAUUUUUUUCAGCAGCAGUAGAUCAGAGAGCGGUUGAAGCUAAGUCAUUUCUACUUUGCCAGAUGCCGUAGGUACUGAGGUAAUGUAAAUCUUCAUCACCACUGACAGUCGGCAUUUGAGCGCUCAUUGUUUUGCAGCUCUCUGUAUUUGAGGUGGUACUGACUGCGUUUGUCAGUGAGGCCUCACAACAACGUCAGUGACUUGCCUAUUUUUUAGCAUUAAGAAAGGGUACACGUAUGAAUGUUUUAUCGGUGACAGGAAAAUGUAUAUGAUAUGCAGUUUUUGAGUUUUGAAGGAUUUUUUUGUGGGGUGGGAAAGGGGGGGGGGUCUUCACUGAUAGAUCUUUUAAGCAUCUCCAGUGCCAGUGCAGCUUAACAGGUGAAGAACAGUAUCUGAUCUGCAGUUUGAAAAUCGUAAGUUUAAAAAAAAGGGUCAGUUUCCCUAAAAGGCCCGCGUUUCUGCCUGCAGUGUUAGCGGCCCAUUGGUCAGAGGGUGCGACGGAGUUGCCGAGGGGAACAGGAAGGCCGUGAGGGGCCACGCCCGGGUGAGGCGGUGUUGAUGUGGAAGGAAGGAAGGGCGGGGGGGGGGGGGGUA